GCCGCCGCCGCCUCUCCGCGCCCCGGGUCUCACCGCCGCCGCGCCCCCCUCGGGAAAUGGAACAGCGGAACCAGCUCGGCGCCCUCGGAUACCUGCCGCCGCUGCUGCUGCUCUUCGUGGCCGACGCGACAUUUACCGAAGUCCCCAAAGAUGUGACAGUACGGGAGGGAGACGACAUCGAACUGCCCUGCGCGUUCCGCGCGAGCGGAGCCGCCGCCUACUCGCUGGAGAUCCAGUGGUGGCACCUGGAGGAGCCGCCCCGGGAGCUGCUGCAGGGCCUGGCGCUCAGCGCCCCGGGUGCCCGGAGCAAGGUAACAAAUAAGGAUGCAACUAAAAUCAGCACCGUGCGUGUCCAGGGCAACGAUAUCUCUCACCGGCUGCGGCUCUCCGCGGUGCGGCAGCAGGACGAGGGCGUGUACGAGUGCCGCGUGUCCGACCACAGCGACGACGACACGCGGGAGCACACGGCCCAGGCGCUGCUGCGCGUGCUCUCGCGCUUCGCACCGCCCAACAUGCAGGCCGCGGAGGCGGUGUCCCACAUCCAGAGCAGCGGCCCGCGACGCCACGGCCCGGCUGGUGCCUCCAUCGCCAGCCACGUGGGCACCACCGGCGCUGCGGGCCGCACCACCUCGGAGCCCAGCUGUGGUGACAGGAGCCCGCCUCCCCGGAGCCCACCUGCCGCCGCUGCAUCCACGGCCCACACAGCCCCCGCCGCCACCACCACCUCCGCCGCGGGCGCUGCAGCCGCUGCUUCAUCUGCAUCGCCGCCCCCGGGCCAGGCGGUCCUUCUGCGGCAGAGGCAUGGCUCAGGCACCGGCCGCACCUACCCCGCGGACCCGCUCCUGUCCCUGCUGCUGCUGGCCCUGCAUAAGCUCCUGGGCCUGCUGGCGGGGCACUGACGGGCGCUGCGUCGAGGUCCUGCGUCCCUCCGUGGGGCCACCCUGCUGGCCCGGCCCCCUGGGCGGAGGGCAGACCAUGUCGCUGAUGGACACAGAGAGACGGAGAAAAGCAUGACAAAGUCCACGUGGAAAACAAAUCGAUAGAACUCGGGGGAAGUUAUGCCGACAUCGAGCGCCUGAACUAACACGUCCA